ACUUGAAUGCCUCUCUAUCUCUUCCUUUUCAUUUAGCUGAUGUUUUUCCUGCCUUAUUUUGCUGAAAGUGUGAUUCUUCUUUAUUGUUUGCAGCAGAAGUCUGAAGUUGGGAAGAAGCGGAAGCAGUCAGCAGAAAUGGAGGAAGAAGAAGCUGAUGAUGAACCGUCAAAUACCAGAGAUGAAUCGGGGGAUGACAAUGAUGAUGAGGAAGCUCAUGUAGUAGGAAGUGAUGAAGAAGAGAGUGGUUCAGAGAAAGGCGAAGAGGAAGAAGUGGAAGAAGAGGAAGAGGAACCAAAGAAGUCUAAUGGGAAGAUUUCUUUAAAGGAGGAUUCUGGAAGAAAAGCUAAAGAGAAACCCAAGGCCGUGAAAAAGGAUAACCCUGCUAAAGAAGUAGGAAGUGACAAUGACGAUGAGGAGGCUCAUGAAGUAGGAAGUGAUCAAGAAGAGAGUGGUUCAGAGGAAGAGGAAGAGGAAGAGGAAGAGGAAGAGAAACCAAAGAUAGAGAAAUCUAAUGGGAUGAUUUCCUCAAAGAAGGAUUCAAGAAAAAAAGCUACGGAGAAAUCCAAGGCUGAGAAAAAGGAUACCCCUGCUAAAUCUCCCAAAAGCUCAAAAAUUUCUUCCAAAGUGUCUUCAAGUAAAGCUUCCAAAAGAGGUGCUUCCAGUGCUGAUUCACUAGCUGAAUCUAAGAAACAAAAAGUAGAAAAGAAAAGUCAAAAAGAAGAAAAUGAUUCAAACAAGAAACAAUCAACCAAGUCUCCUGCUAAGGUUUCUGAAAAGGAGGGAAAAGGAAAAAGCGCCAAGAAGGCCAAAACAGACCCCAGCAACGAAGAAAUUCAUGCAGCAGCAGUAAAUAUUCUGAAAGAAGUGGACUUUAACUCUGCAACCUUAUCUGAUAUCAUCCGGAAACUAGGUAGCCAUUUCGGUGUAGAUUUGAUGCAUAAAAAAGCAGAGGUGAAGGCUAUAAUCACUGAUGUAAUAAAUAACAUGAGUGAUGAGGAAGAAGGGGAUGACCCUGAGGCUGGGGAUGAUGAAGAAAAAAAUGAUAGUGAUGCUUAAUUUAUGAGUCAAAUAGAAGGAUAUAUGGUACCAUACAGUUUGUUAGUAGUUUUAAUUUAUAAUUUUAGUUGGUUAUAAGAUUUGUUAUCCCAAUGGGUUGGUCUGUAAGCAUUUGUUUGUUUUUGCUUAUUCUUUAGCAUUUCUUUUAAAGCAAA